UUGUCACCUUAAUUUGUGCACUAUAAUUGACAAAAUUCGCAGUCAUACGAGCCCCUUAAAAUUCCCCGCCCUCCUUUUAACCGACUGUAAUUGCUGGUCCUUCAUUCCAUCCUCUUCCAAUCUCUCUCUCCUCUUCUCAGACGCUUCCGAUUCCUGAGCUUUUCUUUGGCGGUUAAUUGAAGUCGAUAGCUUCAAUAUUAGUGAGAUGUUGAUGACUGCUAAGAAACAGGAGGUUUUAGGAUUGCAGAAGAACAAAGAUUUGCUUUCUCAAUUAUCUUCUUUUCAGACCCUGCUGGAUGAGGUUUAUGGAUCUACCCGUCCCAGCAUUGACGACUAUGCCAAUAGAAGGGAUUUGAUUCGUAUUUUUAAUGAUAUUGCUAGGGAAAUGUAUGGAAAUGAAGAAUGCCCUGUAGUGGAGGACUUUGGAUCAUUCUUGAUGAAUAUGUUCGAUGCUAAAAGUGACCUCGAUUUAUCAAUUAAUUUUAAUGAUCAGUUGUUUGAAGCUGAUCGCAUUGCAAAAAUCAAGACCCUCCGCAAGUUUGCAAAGAAAUUCUAUGCCCUUCGAAAGAAAGGAUGUGUUACAACUGUGGAGCUGAUCAUGUCGGCUAGGGUGCCUGUAUUAAAAGUUACUGAUUCUGGAUCUGGAAUUGAAUGUGAUUUUUCAGUUGGAAAUAGAGAUGGUAUUGCUAAAUCCCACAUUAUUUUCUUGAUUUCGGCUAUCGAUGAAAGGUUUCAAAAGCUAAGUUUUAUGUUGAAAGCAUGGGCUAAGGCACAAGAUAUCAACAGCUCUAAAGAUGGUACACUGAAUUCUCUAUCACUGAUAUUACUGGCGGCAUUUCAUUUGCAGACUCGAGACAUCCCAAUAUUACCUCCAUUUUCUGACAUAUUGAAAGAUGGAACAGACCCGGAGGCUGUGAAGAAAAUAAUUCCUAGAUUUUUGAAAUAUGGAAAACGAAAUAAAGAAUCUCUUGCUGAGCUCUUUGUAUCUCUGUUGGUUAAGAUUGAAUCAGUGGAAUCACUGUGGUCGAAGGGAAUUUGUGUUAGUACUUUUGAGGGAGCAUGGAUAUAUAAAAACUGGAAAGCAACGGGUUUGAUAAGAAUUGAGGAUUUUACUGACAGGUCCCAGAAUACUGCAAGAGCAGUUAGGUCUGCUAAAAUUACCAAGAUAUAUUCAUGUAUCCGGCGCUCUGUGGAACAGAUUCAGCUCUUUACCAAGGGAAUAAUUAGUGCUGACAAUUUAAAGUCUCUUUUAUUUGGUAAAGUUCCACCUCAGACCAAGAAGAUAAUUGCAACUGCCUGUGAUUCAAAUCUAUCAAAGUCCGUCCCUCAAAAAAGAAAGAAGAAGUGCCCGACACAGGGGGCUCCUGCUGAGGAGCAAAGACCUGGAAAACAAGGUAAGCAUUGUCAUAGUCCUUCCAGCACGAAAGUCCCAACACCGUCUAGGACUGGCAGGGUAAAAAAGAAGUCCAGAAAAAAAAGAAAAUCUGUCCAAGGCUCUGGAGUAAUUAUACCUCCACAUAUUCUGGAUGGCAAACUGCCUCCCUAUUCUAACCCGUAUCUUCAAGGUUCUGCAGGAUUUAUAGCCGAUAGAACUCAUGUUGAGACUUUGAGAGACGCUUCACCAAAGUAUCCUCCACGCCAACCUAUUUCCUUUUCAGGUUAUGGAGGAUUUAGACCAGAGAGAAAUCAUGAAAUAAUGAAAUAUGCUGAUUCCAUUUUUCCACAGCACCAACUGCCCUCUCAUUCUAAUCAACAUAUCCAAGGUCAUAGUGGGUUUAGAUCAGAGAGGACUCAUGUUCACAAUGUAGGACAUGCUCCAAAUUUCCUGGCAGGUCCAUUUUCUGUUUUUAAUCCACCAGUCCAAGGUUUUGGAAGAUACAUUCAUGAUAGAAUGCAUGUUGAUACACCAAUCUACUCCGGCUCAAUGAGCCGACCACAUCCCCUUGCUAAUCUUGCUGCAGGAUUUGGACAUGAGGCUCAGGCUGAAACUAUAUACCAUCCUGCUACUAGUUUUCAAACAUCUGUUCCAUAUACUUCAUCCUAUAGACCAAGUAGUAGUGCAAUGCCUCCCCAUCAGCCUUACAUUCCUACUGCUCCUUAUCCAGAUCCUGCUGGAUUACAAAGAUCGCAUGAUACUCGCCACUCUUUCCCACAUGUAUCUUACCACCCUUAUCAGCUGUGAACUUCUAUGGUGUCCAACUCUAACAGGGUAUCUUCUGGACUUCUUUUGGUUGGGUUAAGAUUUAGCCUUAAUGUAAAUGAUGGAUCAAUAGUUGAGGGACAUGGUAUAAUACUAGCAGAGUAGAUGCGCAAGCGAUAGUUGUUGCUUUGUGUAAUUGUCGUUCACAUUAGUAAUCAACUUUCAUGAUUUUCUUUUCUAAAUAGCCUCAAGGCUCGAGGAAGAUAGAAAUCUGAAUUUAUGUGAUUAAUCUUGAAAGAAGAUUUUAUUUUAUUUAUGGAAUGAAUCACAAGUGUCAACAAA